AUGGAAGGCAACGACGGCCAAGGAAAGGUGGAGAUGGGUUCAGGACUCUGUCCUGACUGGUCUGAGAUGACUCGGGAAUGCCUUCUCGACAUCUUCUCACGGCUGAGCCAUGAAGAGAGAUGGAUCGGACCGAUGCUGGUCAGCAAGAGCUGGAUGAACGCAUGCUUUGAUCCAUCACUCAACACCAUUUUCGAUCUCGAAACUCGGUUUUUAUCGUUCCCGGAGUCGAUCAACUGGUGGACUCCAGAGUUUGAGGAUAACGUCGAUUCCUUUUUACGAUCUGUUGUUGAUCGGAGCCAAGGUGGUCUCACAGAGAUUCGUGUCAGGCACUGUACAGAUCGCUCUCUUUCUUACGCCGCUCAGAGGUGCCCUAAACUUGAGGUACUUUGUAUCAAGAGCUGCCCAAAUGUUACAGAUGCAUCAAUGGAGAAGAUAGCCUUAAACUGUCUAAACCUUAAAGAACUUGAUAUAAGCUACUCUUACGGUAUAACUCACGAGUCUUUCAUAAUGUUGGGGAGAAACUGCCAAAAUCUGAAGAUUCUCAAACGGAAUUUGUUGCCCCGGCUAGGUCCUAACCUGCCUACAAUUGUCGCUCCACUAGACUAUCUGGCUACGUUUCCUAGAUACGGCAAUAUUGAGGCUAAAAUAAUUGGGAGAUACAUGCCACAGCUCAUGCAUUUGGAGAUUCAAUACUCCACUUUGACUGCUAGAGGUCUUGACUCGAUUUGUAAUGGAUGUUCGAAUCUAGAGUACCUAGACGUAAGCGGAUGUAUAUCCUUGAACAAAAGGGAUAUAACCACAUGUACCUCAAGCUUGAAGAAUUUGAAGGAGAUCUAUAAGCCGGACUUCGAUCCUUCCAUUGCUAUUGUACACCUUCUAAGACCAGGUAAUCCAAGAGAAGAAUGA